AGCUGACCUAUUUACGGCUGACCUAUAUUUCCCUAUUGACUCCUGUUUAGCCAUAAAUACAGCUGUCUGUAAAAUAUCACAGGCUAGUUGUUGCUUGUGGUGACUGACUGAGGUUUCGUAGAUAGAUUAUGAACGAUGCGGAUAGUGUACCGGUGCGGCCACGUCCCCCGGCUGACGGCCGCAGCCGCGCGGCCUCUGAGCGCGAGCCGCGCGCCGGGAGACCAGCCGGCUCUCGGGAGACCCACUUUCGGCGGCGCGUCUCACGAAAGGGAAGGUGGUGGUAGCGGCGGCCAGUCAGUCGGUGUCGAGUCGUGUCGGGGAGAGCACGUGUGCCUGUCGGCGGAGCGGGGUGUGACCGGUGACCGAGACCGAUCGACCGGCGACCGGCGACCGCGGGAGGAGCGGCUGACUGAUAUAGUACCGGCGGAGAGUGAUUACUGGACGUCAGACUCGGUGAUGUGUCACACGGCACCGGCUCGUCGGUCUGCCGUCGCCGACCGAUCCGGGUGAACAGCGCGGCUCCACCGACCCGGCCGUCUGCCCGGCACUGCCAGUGCUGCUGUCGUCUGUAAUCUGCCGUCUGCCCGGCACUGUUACUACCGCUGCCGCUGCCACUGCCACUGCUCGGCUCCGACUCUGCCGCUGCUGUUAUCACUGCCAUUGCCGGCUACCCGGCAAUACAGCUGCUGAAGUCUACCGCCUGCCGUCUGCCGUCUGUAAACUACCGUCUACGGUCUGCCCGCUGCUGCCACAAUGUCGAGAGCUGGGUGUAUAAUGACAGCCGGCAGCUGUCUGAUGAGGCCACUCGUGGUGCUGGUGAUGGUGGCGCUGGUGGUCCAGAACCCCGGCGUCUCCGCCAAACUGCGGGGUCUCAGUCUGCGUCAGGGCGCGCUUCACCUGCCGCCGCUGGAUCCGGAGCUGAUCCGCGGGAUCCUACCGCCGGAGGAGAUCUCGGCCUUCUCUCGGCACACGAUCCUGUCCCGGCGCCACCUGCUGCGUCAGGUGGCGCUCAACGGUCUGCCGCAGUUCGGCGUGGGCCCGCUCGACCCGCUGGCCGUCCCAGACAUGCCGGUCAACUUCACCAUGGACGUCGUCGAGCUGGCGGGUAACAUCACGAACGGCAUGGUGCGCGGUCUGCAGGACCUGCAGCUGCUGGACAUCGACAUCCACCUGCCGGGCCUGUCGGUGGCGGCCGACCUGCGGCUGCCGCUGGUCACCCUGGACGCCAACUACAGCCUGGACGGCUCCUUCAGCGGCCUGUUCCCGCUCACCGGCGCCGGACCGCUCACUCUGAAGCUGAUCGACGUCGACGUCAAGGUGAUUAUGCAGGCGCGACUCUACUAUGACCGUCUGCAUAUCACCCGGGUAGACUUCACGCUGGCCAUCGCGAACACUACGAUCAACUUGGAAGGCUUCCUGGAGGAAUCCGGUUUCGGCGAGAUUGCCCAACAGUUCCUCGACGGCAUGUCAGGUGACUUCCUGAGAAACUUCAUCAAGGCAUUCCGUGAGGAACGUCUUCCCUCGCUGGUCAUGCAAGGAAACAGAUUCCUCAAAGAUUUCCAGUGGAGAAGUUACCUGCCGACUUUCGUUGCUAUCUACCUCGGGUUCGAUGAUGACUCGGGUAGUCCCUACUACAAGGACUACAUCCCGACCAUCACCAACAACCACCUGGUCGACCGCGUCAUGCGCCGGCUCUCCCACUUCCUGUACGGAAGGAGGAUCGGUCUGCCCGCACAGGACAUCAUGGCCACCAAAAAGAUUCUGUUCACGUGGUGGGUGCGGACGGGUAUCCAGCUGUUCAAGGGCCACCUGUUCGGAGCCCACAACCUACGGCGCGUGGGUGACACGCUCAUCUCGCGCCACAAGGAGUACUUUACCUUCACCAUCGAGGCUGUUGUCUUCAAUCUAAAGGCGGCGUACAAGGCGCAGCUGGUGGUCCUCAACCGACCGGUGAAGUUCACUCUGUGGACUUUCAUCUCGCAUAUCAAGCUGCGAGUUCAGGUGCAGCUAGACGCCGAAUACAUGGAUAUCUACCUGACUGGACUGGAUGUCCUGCACAUCGGGAAAAUCGAUGUGAAGCUGGCCGGUCUCGGCCCUCUGGAGCUGGUUGCCAACAAUCUCGCUGACAAACAGAUCAACUCUGACACCACCAAGCGGCUGCUGGCACGAAUGGUGGCUCGCGACGCCCGUGACGCCAUCGCCAAGCAGAUCCGCGAAGUCGACAUCAACUCGAUCCUGGCCGAUACCAUCAACGGCGACGUGUACGCGCGUGACCCGGGCAUCGUGUUCCCCGACCCGGAGCCAAAGGCGAACGGUACAGACUUCAGCAGUCUGCUGGACUCUGUCCUUGGCGCAGACAGCGGAGACGACGGUGGCGGCCUCGGCUCCCUCCUCUCCGUGUUGUUUGACGAUGACGACAGCUCGUCGAGCGGCAGCUUCAACAACACGGAUGACAUCGACCCGGAGACCUUGGCCUCGCUGGGCCUGGACGGCGUGGACGGCUCGAACAGCUCUGCGACAGAUGACGACAACCCACUGGCCGGUCUCGACGCCGAAACAUUGGCUCUGUUCGGUCUGACUGGAGAGUCGGGUGGAAGUGACACCGACGCUACCACGCCGGCAUCUGCCGCAGCAGCUGGAGGCUCCAGUGGUGCCAAUGACCCGUUGGCUGGCCUUGAUGCCGAUACCCUGGCUCUCUUCGGUCUGACGGGCGAGUCUGGCGGCAGCGACACGGAUGCGGCCACGCCGGCACCGGCUGCAGCAGCGCCAGCCGCCGCAGGUGGAUCGAGCAGUGCCAACGACCCGCUUGCCGAUCUCGACGAAGAGACCCUGGCCAUGUUUGGUCUCACUUCAGCCGGGAUGAGCGACAUGCUGGAAGAUGUUGGCACGGGCAGAAACGCCGCCAGCGAGGCGUCCGUCCCGGCUGCCGGCCCAGCGAGUCCCAGCUCGUCCGGAGCUGCCGAUCCUCUGGCCGAUGUCGACGCCGACACACUGGCGCUGUUCGGUCUGUCGUCAGAGCCGGGCGCUGAGGAAGAGUCUCCGUCGGCCCCAUCGGCUCCGACGGCUGCGGCAGCUGAGCUGCAGGAACUGCUGGGCGGCGACGGCGGAACAGCCGGGCAGAACGGGCUCAAACUGGAAAACGAAAACCUCGAUGACGAUUCCUCGGCAGGCCUCGACGACAAUAAUUCCUUCUUUGAUUCAGAUACUGACAGCGCAGGUGAUCCUUCUAGCGAAGACUCAGAACCAGACUCUGCUCUUUUUGACGCUGAUGAUAAUAACUCUUUCUUCGAUUCGGGUCCCACGGCCACAACAGCAGCUUCCACGAAACAGGCGGGCACAACUGACACUUCCCUCUUCGACCUCGACGAUAACAACUCUUUCUUCGAUACACGAAGAAGACGAGGUUGAAGAGUGGAGGGAAAAGUUACUGACAGGACUGUGAUCAGACUUGACCUGAAUAGCCGACUACGCUGGCUACAGACUGUCAGCGUCAGCUCCUGGCGUUGUCGACGACAGUGCUGGUGGUGUCAGUGCUAACCCCGGCGGUGUCACUUGUCAGCGCCAGCCCCUAAGAGGUGUCAGGACUUGUCGACAGCCGCCUCAUCGUGAUCUCCAUGCUCAAAUUGGUAGAGGAAUAGUCGGUCGCCUAGCGCGGGAUUAGCCUCCCCGGGCGCGGUGCUGCCAAUCCGGUGUGGGAUGCCAAAGACCGUUAGGUGGAAGUCAGGGCCUCCGGGCUACCGAGCUCCUAGCAGCCCGUUCAAACAUGUGCCACAGCCGUAGCCCAUAGGAGCGUGAUGGCACGGAGCAAACGUCUCGCUAGGAAUCGUGCUCGCGUGCCUAGUGUAUUUAUUGUAGUUUUAGCGCAAGUGCUUAGGGUGUCAGGUAACCUGCUGCCUAGCGUUGUUGCGGGAAUUGUGUAUGCGUGAAAUGGUGAUGUCCCGAAAUGAAUGCGUCUGCGCUCGAGCUUUUCAGGACAUAGACUGGUGUGAUGUGUAUGUGUGUACGUGAAGUAUGUGUUGUGUUGCCAGUUGCCAAUUGUGAAGUUAUUUUAUUGAAAAAUCCUCGUUACUUGUCCAAUGUCCAUGUUAUGCAGCAAGAUCGUGCAAGAUAAACAGGGUUUAAUCAAAAUAAUAAAUACACUCGAGCCUUGGCCAGAA